AUGCGGCUCUCGGACGGGAGGACCCUAGGCUAUGCCGAAUAUGGCAGUGAAACAGGCUAUCCGCUGAUGUUCAUGCAUGGCUAUCCCCAAUGUCGUCUUGAGGCCUCUGCUGUAGACCAUAUCUUUCGUCGGCGCAGAAUUCGUGUAAUUGCCCCGGAUCGCCCUGGCUUCGGUCUCUCCACAUUCCAACCCAACCGGCGCAUUAUGGACUGGCCCGACGAUAUUCAAGCCCUGGCUCACCAUCUCAGCCUCUCUCGUUUUGCAAUCAUGGGCGGCUCCGGUGGCGGGCCCUAUGCAUUGGCGUGCGCGCGGGUGCUCCCUCAAGACAUGAUGUCCGCGGUCGGUGUAUUUGCCGGAGCGGGCAACUGGAGGGCUGGGGCUCAUCAUAUGCCUUGGAUCUAUCGUGCGUCAAUGCUAGCGGCAGAGCACUGGCCAGCUGGUCUACGGGGCUUGUUGACCUUUGUGGUAUGGAUGCUUAGAAAUGGGUUGAAUACACAAAUGGCAACUCGGAGAGUCAAUUAUUACCUGCUAAAGGACCGGGACCAACAUGACGAAUCGGUUGAGGAACGAAGAGAUCAAUUGCUGCGCAUAUUAUUUGAGCCUUUUGCACAGGGCGCUGGCCCCGCUGCAUACGAGGCGAAGCUAUUGUCACAAGACUGGGGCAUUGAGUUCGGCGACAUUACUUACAACAACCUCCACAUCUGGCAUGGAGGGAAGGAUUGGAAUUCGCCGCUGCCCAUGACGGAGUACUAUGUCAAACUUCUUUCUAACAGCCCAUCCUUCAAAGUGUUCGAAGGCGAUACACACUUCACGAUUCAUAGGCAUCUGGACGAGAUCCUCUCAGAGCUGAUUCCUGAGAGCUCUUAG